ACACACCCUGUGACGACAUCGCUGUCAACCCCCCAAUCAACCCCCAAAUCGGCGGGGUCCUUCCUAGAAACCAAUCCCCUUCAGUUACCAUUCCAUUCUCUGUCGGCUCCCGACGGAAGAAUGGGUCUUAACUUGGAGGAGCUCUAUGGCAAAGAUAUAAGUGAAGAACAGGCCCCUCAUGAGUAUUCUCAGUACCAACCCAAAAAGGGUUAUGGCUGGGCCAAUGCUCUGCCAGAGCGGCAAGGUCUGUACAACCCUGAAUAUGAGAAAGAUGCCUGUGGUGUAGGCUUUGCAGCUCACAUCAAGGGAAAGCCAAGCCACAAGAUUGUUAGCGAUGCUCGCAAUCUGCUGUGCAACAUGACCCACAGAGGAGCCGUUGGCUCUGAUGCACGGGACGGUGACGGUGCUGGUGUGAUGACCAGUAUUCCACACAAGUUUUUCAUUAAGAAUUUCGCCCGUGAGGUGGGUGUGGAUCUCCCUCCGUUGGGACAAUAUGCUGUUGGCAACUUGUUCUUUAAGCCCGACGAGGAGGCACUCAAGCAGUCCAUAGCAGGAUUUGAGGAACUGGCCACGACACUCGGCUUGCGCGUUCUUGGAUGGCGUGAAGUGCCCCGGGAUUCAACCAUUCUUGGUCCUGCCGCACUAUCUCGAGAGCCCAUUAUUAUGCAGCCAUUUGUGGUCUUGAAAUCAGCAUAUGGUGAAGGCAACAAGCCCGAGAUCACCGACACUGAAAAGUUUGACGAGAGAACUUUUGAACUUCAGCUGUACGUUCUACGAAAGCGUGCCACUCAUGUCAUCGGUCUCGGAAACUGGUUCUACCUAUGCUCUCUCAGCAACCGGAACAUCGUCUACAAGGGUCAACUCUCUCCCAUUCAAGUGUACACCUACUACCACGAUUUAGUGAACGUAGACUACGAGGGCCACUUCGCCCUAGUACACUCUCGGUUCUCGACAAACACAUUCCCAUCCUGGGAUCGUGCCCAACCCCUUCGAUGGGCUGCCCAUAACGGUGAAAUAAAUACCUUGCGAGGAAAUAAAAACUGGAUGCGCGCACGAGAGGGUGUCCUGCGGUCAGAUGUCUUCGGUGAGGAGCUUGACCAGCUGUACCCCAUUGUUGAGGAUGGCGGUUCCGACUCAGCCGCGUUUGAUAACGUGCUUGAACUACUCAUGAUCAAUGGCGUUCUGUCCCUUCCUGAGGCAGUGAUGAUUAUGAUUCCCGAGGCCUGGCAGGACAACCCAGCCAUGGACCCGGCCAAGUCUGCUUUCUACGAGUGGGCUGCUUGUCAGAUGGAACCUUGGGAUGGUCCAGCUCUUUUCACUUUCUCUGAUGGACGCUACUGCGGUGCUAACCUUGACCGUAACGGUCUCCGUCCCUGCCGUUUCUAUGUAAUGGACGAUGACCGCAUCGUCUGUGCCUCUGAGGUCGGCGCUAUUGAUAUUGACCCCGAGAGAGUCGUUCAAAAGGGCCGCUUGCAGCCUGGAAAGAUGCUGCUGGUUGAUACCGUGGCUGGGCGGAUCAUCGAUGACGCUGAGCUCAAGCAGACUGUUGCCCGCCGCCAGGACUUUGCCGGUUGGCUGGACAAAGGGCUUCUGAAACUCCCUGCUAUCAACCAGACGCUACUUGACUCCAACGUUGAUCUUUCUUUUGCCCUGGACAACAACACCAUUCAGAACGACCCCCGCCUCCGAGUGUUCGGGUACUCUUUUGAACAAGUCAGCUUGAUUCUUGGCCCCAUGGCCGCAGACUCCAAGGAAGCUCUGGGUUCCAUGGGCAAUGAUGCACCUCUCGCCUGCAUUGCCCAACAGCCUCGCCUACUCUACGAGUACUUCCGCCAGCUCUUUGCCCAGGUCACCAACCCUCCCAUUGACCCCAUCAGAGAGGCUGUCGUUAUGUCCCUCGAAUGUUACGUCGGUCCUCAGGGAAACCUGCUGGAAAUGGACCCUUCGCAAUGUCACCGUCUGCGUCUACCCUCUCCCAUUCUGACCAUUCCCGAGUUCAAUGCUUUGAAGAAUGUCAACGUAGUCCACAACGAUUGGACUGUGCGAACCAUCGAUAUCACGUUCGAGAAGAGCAAGGGCACCGCUGGGUAUAUUGAAGCGCUCGACUCCAUCUGCGAUGGUGCCACUGAAGCUAUCCAGCAUGGCGACAGGGUCAUCAUUCUCUCCGACCGUGCUACAUCCGCCGACCGUGUUCCAGUCUCUGCCUUGCUGGCUACCGGUCUGGUGCACCAUCAUCUCGUCCGAAACAAGUGGAGAUCGCUUGCUGCCCUGGCAGUUGAAACUGCCGAGGCUCGCGAGGUCCACCAUCACUGUGUUCUGCUAGGAUAUGGUGCCGAUGCCAUCAAUCCUUACCUGGCUCUAGAAUGUAUUCUCAAGAUGAACCGGGAGAAGCUGAUCCGCAAGGACAUCCCCGAUGAGAAGGUUGUUCAGAACUACAAGUCAUCCUGUGAUGGUGGUAUUCUGAAGGUCAUGAGUAAGAUGGGUAUCUCUACUCUCCAGUCCUACAAGGGUGCCCAGAUUUUCGAGGCCCUUGGUAUCGACGACAGCGUUAUUGAUCGCUGCUUUUCCGGUACUGCCAGUCGCAUCCGUGGUAUCACAUUUGAUCUGAUUGCCCAGGAUGCUUUCGCCUUCCACGAGCGUGGUUACCCCUCGCGUCCAAUUGUUGAGGUUCCCGGUCUGCCCGAAUCCGGCGAGUACCACUGGCGUGAUGGAGGAGAGCCCCAUAUCAACGACCCCACCAGCAUUGCCAACGUGCAGGAUGCCGUUCGCACCAAGAACGACAAGUCCUAUGAAGCCUAUGCCAAGUCCGCACAUGAAGAGAUCAAGAACUGUACUUUGCGUGGAAUGCUGGACUUCGAUUUCGACCAGCGUACCCCUAUUCCCAUUGACCAGGUCGAGCCUUGGACCGAAAUUGUUCGUCGCUUCGUGACCGGUGCCAUGUCCUACGGUUCUAUCUCUAUGGAAUCUCACUCCACAAUUGCCAUUGCCAUGAACCGCUUGGGUGGCAAGUCCAACACCGGUGAGGGUGGUGAAGAUGCCGAGCGUAGCAAGAGAAUGGAGAACGGCGACACGAUGCGGUCCGCUAUUAAGCAGAUUGCGUCUGGUCGUUUCGGUGUGACAUCCAACUACCUAGCCGACGCCGAUGAAUUGCAAAUCAAGAUGGCCCAGGGUGCCAAGCCCGGUGAGGGUGGUGAAUUACCCGGCCACAAGGUCUCGGUCUUAUCUCCCCGCCCCCCGCACCACGACAUCUACUCCAUUGAAGAUCUGAAGCAGCUUAUCUACGAUCUCAAGUGCUCUAACCCCAGAGCUCGUGUCUCCGUCAAACUCGUAUCUGAGGUUGGUGUUGGUAUUGUCGCUUCUGGUGUGGCCAAGGCCAAGGCUGAUCACAUCUUGAUCUCUGGUCAUGAUGGUGGCACCGGUGCCUCGCGCUGGACCGGUAUCAAGUAUGCCGGUCUUCCCUGGGAAUUGGGUCUUGCAGAGACUCAUCAAACUCUAGUUUUGAACGAUCUGCGUGGUCGUGUUGUCGUCCAAACUGAUGGCCAAAUCCGUACGGGCCGUGACCUUGCCAUCGCUUGUCUCCUUGGAGCGGAAGAAUAUGGAUUUGCCACAACUCCUUUGAUCGCAUUAGGAUGCAUUAUGAUGAGAAAAUGUCACCUGAAUACCUGCCCUGUUGGUAUCGCGACUCAGGAUCCCGAACUGAGGCAGAAAUUCAAGGGUACACCGGAGCAUGUUAUCAACUUCUUCUAUUAUGUUGCCAACGAGAUGCGUGCUAUCAUGGCUAGGCUGGGUAUUCGUUCGGUUAACGAGAUGGUCGGUCGUGCUGAGCUGCUUAAGGUCCGGGACGAUAUUCGUAAUGUCAAGCAGGAACGAAUUGACCUGUCACUCAUCCUGACCCCUGCUCACUCACUUCGCCCUGGAGUCGCUACCUACAAUGUUCGCAAGCAGGAUCACCGCCUCCACACCCGCUUGGAUAACAAGUUGAUUGCUGAAUCGGAGCUCGCUCUUGAGAAGGGUCUACCUUGCCGAAUUGAGUGUGAUAUCGUCAACACCGACCGUGCUCUGGGCUCUACUCUCUCUUAUCAGAUCAGCAGACGUUAUGGCGAAGAUGGUCUUCCCCAGGAUACCAUUCACGCAAACAUUAAGGGCUCUGCUGGUCAAUCCUUUGGUGCCUUCCUCGCCCCCGGUGUCACCCUUGAGCUUGAAGGUGAUGCCAACGACUAUGUCGGUAAGGGUCUUUCCGGUGGUCGUCUCAUCGUCUACCCCCCGCGUGGAGCCGCUUUCAAAGCUGAAGAAAACGUCAUCGUUGGUAACACCUGUCUUUACGGUGCCACCCGCGGAACUUGCUACUUCCGCGGUAUGGCUGCUGAGCGUUUUGCUGUCCGUAACUCUGGCGCUACUGUCGUUGUUGAGGGUGUUGGUGAUCACGGAUGUGAGUACAUGACUGGUGGUCGUGUACUCAAUCUCGGACCCACUGGCCGCAAUUUCGCUGCUGGUAUGUCUGGUGGUAUUGCCUACGUUCUGGAUAAGAACCAAGACUUCCAUUCCAAGGUUAACUUGGAGAUGGUUGAGAUCUCCAGCAUCGAAGACCCAUCAGAGAUUGCCUUUGUUCGUGGUUUGAUUGAAGAUCACCACCAUUACACUGGCUCUGAGUUGGCUGCUCGCAUCCUGCUCGACUUUACUCGCGCGCUUUCUCACUUCGUCAAGGUUCUGCCAACCGACUACAAGCGUGUCAUGGAGGAAGAGGCUGCUAAGGCGGAGGCUGCGAAGAAGGCCGAAUUUACUCUUCCUCAGCUCCCUAGCACCCCAGUCAAAACCGAGAAGGCCAAUGCCGAUGACUCCAAGAAGACUGACUUGCUGGAUAUUGAAGACAGCAUUAGCGAUUCCAAGACUGAGAAGAAGCGGUCCGCAUUGAUCUUGGACAAAACAAGAGGUUUCAUGAAGUACAGCCGCCGCAGUGAGAAGUAUCGCAAUGCGACAACCCGUACUCGCGACUGGGGCGAGAUCUCUCAUCGCCUCAGCGAGGACGAGCUUAAGUACCAGUCUGCCCGUUGUAUGGACUGUGGUGUUCCAUUCUGCCAAUCUGACACCGGCUGCCCCAUUUCCAACAUUAUUCCUAAAUGGAACGAAUUAAUAUUUCGGGGCCAAUGGCAGGACGCUUUGAACCGUCUGCUCAUGACCAACAACUUCCCUGAGUUUACCGGUCGUGUCUGCCCUGCGCCUUGCGAAGGCUCCUGUGUUCUAGGCAUCAAUGAAGACCCCGUCGGUAUCAAAUCCAUCGAGUGCGCAAUCAUUGACCGUGGAUUCGAGAUGGGCUGGAUGGUUCCCUGCCCCCCUCCGACCCGCUCUGGCAAGACUAUAGCUAUCAUUGGCUCUGGACCUGCUGGCUUGGCUGCUGCUGAUCAGCUUAACCACGCUGGUCACAGCGUCACCGUUUAUGAGCGUGCCGACCGUAUGGGUGGUCUUCUCAUGUAUGGUAUCCCCAACAUGAAGCUUGACAAGAAGAUUGUCCAGCGCCGUAUCGACCUCAUGGCCGCUGAAGGUAUCAAGUUCGUUGCGAGCACUGCUGUUGGCCCUGACUGCGAGAUUUCCCUGCAGUCUCUCCGUGCCACAAAUGAUGCUGUAAUUGUUGCCACCGGUGCCACUGUUGCGCGCGAUCUCAAGGUCACUGGUCGUGAAUUGGAUGGCGUGCACUUUGCCAUGCAAUUCUUGCAUAAGAACACCAAGUCCCUCCUCGACUCUGGUCUUUCGGAUGACGCAUACAUCUCUGCCAAGGACAAGCAUGUUGUCGUCAUUGGUGGUGGUGAUACCGGCAACGAUUGUAUUGGUACCUCUGUCCGCCAUGGUGCCAAGUCGGUGACCAACUUCGAGUUGUUGCCCCAGCCUCCCCCAGAGCGUGCCCGUGACAACCCUUGGCCUCAAUGGCCCCGUAUCUACCGUGUCGACUAUGGUCACACCGAGGUCAAGACCCACAUGGGCAAAGACCCACGUGAGUACUGUGUCAUGUCGACCGAGUUCGUUGACGAUGGCAACAACUGCGUCAAGGGCAUCAACACUGUGCGAGUCGAGUGGACCAAGAGCGCUACCGGCGGCUGGGACAUGAAGACCGUCGAGGGCAGCGAGCAAUUCUUCCCCGCUGACCUUGUCCUCCUCUCUAUGGGAUUCCUGGGCCCCGAGGAUCGGGUCUUUGGUGAAGAUAUUGAGCUUGAUCCUCGCAAGAACAUCAAGACUCCUCCCGGCCACUACUCGACCAACAUUGCCGGUGUCUAUGCGGCAGGUGACUGUCGCCGUGGACAGUCUUUGAUUGUCUGGGGUAUCAACGAAGGUCGCCAGUGUGCUCGUGAAGUGGACGCUUUCCUCAGCGGAACCAGCUCCCAGCUCCCAGUCACCGGUGGUAUCGUCCGUCGUCCUGCCAUCGACUCCGUCCCUCAGCCCACUGAGGUUGCUGCUUAAUCUAGCAGCAAUGUAGGACAUGUUUACGACUUUGACGGCCAUUUCCACGACAAAAGUUUCAUGGAUAAACUUGU